UUCUCCCAUGACUUGAUGCAUGGACGUCUCCUGCUGCUGCAACUGCUGCUGCUGCUGCUGCUGCUGCUGCUGCCUCUGUGCACAGGUGCAGCUGGAAGACAACUGUCUGAUGUCCUUGUCAGAGAAGGAGAGGACGUCACUUUGUCCUGUGGUGGACUAGGACAUCAGGACAAAUGUAGAAGAACAGUGUGGGUCUACUUUGUUACAGGAGGUCGAGGAGCAGAAGCACUGUUUGAACUUGGAGAGAAGAAGUCUGAAGAUGACAGAGUGACACAGAGACAGGACGACUGUUCUCUGGUCAGACAGAAGGUCACAGUCCAGGAUGUUGGUCUUUACACCUGCAGAGAGUUUGAUGUUUCUGGGACUCAAACAGGUCCUGAUGUUGACAGUGUUCUGUCAGUUGUCAGCAUGAAUAAAAGUCAAGAUUCUGAUACGGUGACCUUACCCUGCUCAAUGAGGCCUCAUUACCGCCCCCUCUGUGACCCCAGCCAGUAUGACAGAAUCAGCUGGUUCUACAACAGACAGACAGUUGUGAGUGGAAACACCAUGAACACAUCACAGAGGUCUCCCUGUCAGGUCUCAGUGACCUUUCUGACACAGAGUCAUCAAGUCAAUCUCUUCUCAUGUCUGGUGAAAAUUUUUACAACUGAGAAAGAGUUUCCAUGUGACGACCUCUGCUCUGCUGACCUGUCAGCAACAACAGAAACUGACACCAGAUCAGACUGGUCCACCACAACACCAACCACCAAAGAACCUGAGAACAGACCAGGGCUGUGGUGGUUGUACGUCCUCUUGGCCCCCGUGACCUCCGUGAUACUUUUCACAGUUGUCGUCAUCAUCAUCAUCAUCAUGUGCAGGAGACGUAAAGGAAUCCAGACCCAGAGGAACCGGGAUGAAGUCAAACCUGAAGAUGUUUCCUACGCCUCCAUCACCUUCACUAAGAAGAAAGAAAGAGACCACCACAACCAGGAGGCCAGUCCUGAAGAAACUGCCUACGCCACUAUCAACUACCCCAAUGAGACCAGUGGUGGCGCUGUGGGUGGUGGUGAUGGGGAGGGGGCCGUCACCUACUCCACAGUGAAAAUGCCCUCCUGAAGCCUAGACGUCCGUCGUCCACUGAGGCUCCUCCCCUCCUGCGCUGUUGCUCCUCUUGUGGUUUGUUUCUGCUGUGACGGUCGUUUCCUGUUGUCAUAAAACAACAGUUUUCUUUCCUUGUUUUCAACAGUUCUUUUGUCUGUUUUUUACUCACUUUGCAAUAAAAAAAGAUCAAAUGUGAAACAAUA